CCCACAUUGGACGUAUAUAUCUGGUGUUCAUCUUAAGAGAUCCAUCCGGUGAUGGUGCAAUUGUAGUGUGUGAGUUAAGAACAGUGAGGAGUGUGAUUUUUGAAGAUGCCGCGCCCCAGCAGAGAGUCUUACGGUGACCAAAAGCCCCCUUACUCUUAUAUAUCCCUCACGGCGAUGGCGAUAUGGAAUUCUCCGGAGAAGAUGUUGCCUCUGUCCGAAAUUUACAAGUUUAUCACAGACAGGUUUCCUUAUUAUAGAAAAAACACUCAGAGGUGGCAAAACAGUUUGCGACAUAACCUCUCUUUUAACGAUUGCUUCAUAAAGAUCCCCAGGCAGCCCGAUAGGCCCGGGAAAGGGGCCUAUUGGGCCCUGCAUCCUGCCGCUUUCGAUAUGUUCGUUAACGGUAGCCUCCUCCGCAGAAGGAAACGCUUCAAACUGCUCAAAAGCGACAAAGAGAUACUGGAAAACGAACUGGCCGCCCUAUCGAACAUCAACAGACUAUUCUUCACGCCGCCCUCAACGGCAAACCAAGCCACGGAACUCAUUAAUCCGGCGGCAUCUUUGGCUCAAUUUAACUCGCCGCCCUUAGAGCCUCCGUCUCCCACUUUGCCGCCCUCCUCAAAAUCACCCGGUGAACAAACGACGAUUAUCCAACGACCGAAGAGGUCUUUUACAAUUGAGUCGUUAAUAACGCCGGACAAACCGGCCGCCCCGACGGUUCCUCCUCACAGUUUUUUGCCUCACGUGCACCCUUGGAUGUUGUCCACGUGUUACGAUUUGAGCGCGUAUGCCGCCCCGAUGCUGAUGCAGGGAGGGAUCCCUCCUCACGGGUUUGAAUACGGCGUGAUGGGCGGUGGUGAGGAGUUGUUUCGGGUAUCGCAGUUAUAGUCGUCGCAGGAUUGAGGUGAUGAUUUGGAACUACAAGGAGCGAGGGAGUAAUGAAGUGUUUUACUGUGAUCUGAACGGGAGGGAGUCGAUGACGAUAUGUAAGUUAUGUUGAGAGAAUUUGUUAUUUACACUGCCUGAGUUUGGUUUCUUUUUUUGAUGUCAAGAAUGUUGGGAUUAGGCCCAAGAGAUUCUUUUUACAAUCAAAAUAGGAAGGUAUUUAGGGAAAUUUUAUUUGUUUUCUCAUGUGUAAUUCACUUUUUACCAUUUGGCACCGAAAUCUUAUUAUUAUAAGAAUAUUAGGUUUGAAUUAAGGAUC